AUGCUGAAUCUCUUUGCGAAGCGUGUUGAGCAGCACCCGAGCUGUCGUGUGUCUCUGCGCCAUAAUUGGCCCGGACCGCACCACCACCAUCAACAUGGCGGCAGCAGCCUGGGUAACGACAGCAGCGACGCAGGGAACAGUGAGCCACGGCAGGUGGAGGUAGAACAACCGCGAGGUCGGCAGGGCAGUAGCACCGCUGCUGCUGAUGCUGUUUGCCCAACCGCCCUCAGGGAGGCCCAGUUAUGCACUGAUGGUUGCCACAAAACGGUAAGUACGCCAAUGUUCGUUCCGGCAUUUACUAGCCUUGCAAAUUGUGACAGCAGUCCGAACAACAACGUCAGCCUCGUAGAAGCGGUGCCGACGCAGGACUUAUCGUCAAUGGACAUAGCGAAUGCUUUAAAGGGGGACGGCACGUGUCACCACCGACACGGGACCCCGAACCUCAUCAUCCAUGUCGGCACGCAUAAGAGGUGUACAGGGCCGGACUGGCGUCGGUGCAGCAAGGGUGGUGCGGUUGCAUCUGCCUUGCAGCGUCAUGAAUUGCAGCAGAAGCAGCAAAUGGUGUGCACAGCGUCAGGUGAAGAGUGCAGUAAAAUCAAAAACAACAUCAAUACGAACGGCUGCAACAGCAAAGGGCUUCAGGUAGAGCUGGAGGGAGUGAGCACCGUGCCGCACAUGGGAGGCAGGCACACACCGUUGAAGGUGGUAUUCUCGCCAGAUUCGACGGCCCAAAGCAGUUCACUUGAGGCUCUAACGAGCACGGGAACGUGGCCGAACCAAACAAUAGGUGAUCUCUCCGUGUCCACUGAUGCAACUCGCAAGAAAAUCGAGGAGAGCUCGCCGAGGGUCACCAGCGCAAAAAGCAGUAGGACCCGGAGUGCAGGCAAGUCACUCCUCUUCAAGGCGGUCAUUGAGCGGCGACACAACUCCAAGUUAGAUGGCGCCAGCAGAGGCGUCAGGGAGGACACGACGGGGACUGUGACGAACCCCGCACACGCGUCCACUGUCACUGCUGCUACUGUAGCGGUUGCCGACAGCAGGGCGAAUGCCCUUGCCCACGCGUUGGCCCCACAGUGCAAUGAGGCGGCGGCGACUCUCAUGCCAAAGGUAGAAGCUCGGCCACCAGUGUCGUUGCGCGUGAACGCGUACUGCGGCAAUCCGCAAAGUCGCCCGUCCCAGUCAUUAGAGGUAUUUUGCCAGUAUGAGCGCCGCCGACACUGCGCCAGGUGUGUGCCUUCACUUGGGCAAUGCGAUGCGCUGAGUGCGGACGCAAAACCAGUGGUCACCGGUGGGUUGCCGUCGUCCCCGAACGACCGCCACCACCACUGCUUCGGCAAUGGCAUGCGCCAGAAAGGGUUGGAUGACAGUUAUCAUAAUGAUCAGGAGGCUUUUGAUGCACUUAGCAUUUCCACCACCUCAUCGUGCGUGUUUGGUGUUGGUAUCGCUGGGUUUAUGUGGGAAGGCUCUCAAGCGGACGACGCAGAGAAGACUGGCAAGGCAACAGCUAUGUACGCCGUGGAGGCAACCAUUUAUGCAGUCAAGGAGAAGGCCAAGCGGCGCAACGCCGUGCUGUUGUCGGAGCACGUGGCGCACGUCCGGUCGGUGCCACACAUCGACAACGCCGAAGUGGGCAAAGCGUGGUGCGACGGCACGCCAGACGCGCUGGCGGUGCGGCGGACGGACCGUUAUGUUCCUGCAGCGGGGGCGGCACCUGGCCCUCUUCCUGCCGGUCCCACACAGGCGGUGGUCCGAAGGCCUCCCGCGCCGCACUGGGAUACGCAGCGCGAGAUGAACGAGGCUGUGACGAAGUGCGCGGGCAUUCGUUGUUGGCUCGCAGAGGUCAAAGCGGCACAAAACGGAGGGAUGGAUUUGAGAAUCAAUACACCAGUGUGA